AGGAGGAGGCGCGGCCGUGGUAGCGGAGCUGGCGGUGGCUGGGGGAUCCUCACCCGGGAGCGCUGCUGGGUUUGGGGGCGGGGGCGGGGCUGACCUGCGGGGCCAGCCUGGCCAGCACUGAGCAGGAGUGGGGGGGCCAUGGCCUCGGCAGAGUUGCAGGGGAAGUACCAGAAGCUGGCUCAGGAGUACUCGAAGCUUCGGGCUCAGAAUCAGGUUCUGAAGAAAGGUGUUGUGGAUGAACAAGCAAAUUCUGCUUCCUUAAAGGAACAACUGAAAAUGAAGGAUCAAUCAUUGAGAAAACUACAACAGGAAAUGGAUAGUUUGACAUUUCGAAAUUUGCAGCUUGCCAAGAGAGUAGAAUUACUUCAGGAUGAAUUGGCUUUAAGUGAACCCCGGGGCAAGAAAAACAAGAAAAGUGGAGAAUCUUCUCAGUUGAGUCAAGAGCAGAAGAGUGUCUUUGAUGAAGAUCUACAAAAGAAGAUAGAAGAGAAUGAACGGUUGCACAUACAAUUUUUUGAAGCUGAUGAGCAGCAUAAGCAUGUGGAAGCAGAGUUGAGGAGUCGGCUGACUGCUCUGGAGACAGAGGCAGCGCAGCACCAAGCUGUGGUAGAUGGUCUGACGCGAAAAUACAUGGAAACCAUUGAGAAGCUACAGAAUGACAAGGCUAAACUAGAAGUAAAAUCCCAGACUCUAGAAAAGGAGGCCAAAGAAUGUCGACUUCGAACAGAAGAAUGUCAACUACAGUUAAAAAAUCUUCAUGAAGAUUUAUCAGGUAGAUUAGAGGAAUCCUUAUCAAUCAUCAAUGAAAAAGUACCUUUUAAUGACACCAAGUACAAUAAAUAUAAUGCUCUGAAUGUUCCACUUCACAAUAGGAAACAUCAGCUGAAGAUGCGGGAUCUUGCUGGUCAGGCCCUGGCUUUUGUUCAAGAUCUUGUGACAGCUCUUCUGAACUUCCACACCUAUACAGAACAGAGGAUUCAGAUUUUUCCUGUUGAUUCUGCCAUUGACACUAUAUCUCCACUGAAUCAAAAGGUGACGUUCAAUCAGAAUACUUGUUUUAACAGAUUAUUUCUGUCUUUAAUUCUUAUGAUGUUUUUCCCACAGCCCCUCUUGGAGUCUGUGCCCUAUGAAGAAGCAUUGGCCAACCGCCGGGUCCUUCUCAGCUCUACUGAAAGCCGAGAAGGCCUUGCACAACAGGUUCAGCAGAAUUUGGAGAAGAUUUCCAAGCUGGAACAAGAAAAAGAGCAUUGGAUGUUAGAAGCACAGUUAGCCAAAAUUAAGCUAGAGAAAGAAAAUCAGAGAAUUGCAGAUAAGCUAAAGUAUACAAGUAGUGGGCAGGUGGUUGGGAUGACCCAGGAAAGUACCACUGUGGUGAAUGCUUCCAACCAAGAGGAGACCUCAGGGAAGACUGAGUCAGAAUCUGUCCAAAGCAGUAGUCUGAUUGGGAUUUUAACUAAGACAUCCGAGAAUGAGGUUCUAGAUGUGGAAUCUCGUGAAGACUUAAUUAAAAAUCACUACAUGGCAAGGAUAGUGGAACUGACUUCUCAACUACAGCUGGCUGACAGUAAGUCAGUACAUUUUUAUGCUGAGUGCAGAGCACUCUCUAAAAGACUAGCCUUGGCUGAAAAGUCUAAAGAAGCACUGACAGAAGAAAUGAAAGUUGCCAGUCAGAACAUCAGUAGACUUCAGGAUGAGCUGACCACUACCAAGAGGAGUUAUGAGGAUCAGUUAAGUAUGAUGAGUGACCAUCUGUGUAGCAUGAAUGAAACAUUAUCCAAACAGAGAGAAGAGAUCGACACACUAAAGAUGUCCAGCAAGGGAAAUUCUAAAAAGAACAAGAAUCGAUAGUUUACACAUAGCUGGUUGGUGACCUUUUUCCAGAGCUGCUAUUGCUGCAUGGAGCUACAGAGCCAAGACUCCACAUCCAGUGCUGGCCGCCUUGAGGAAGCUGGAGUGCUGUGGGAAGUAGUCAACUAGUUAGUGUUGUACAUGACCUUGAAACAUUUAAAACAUAUUUGUAACCACUAAGGCAUAUGAAGAAUUUGGUGUUGGCAGUAAAAUGGAAAACAGUACUACAUACCAUGGAUAUUGUAGGUUUCCUUACACUGUUUUUACUGUGCACUUUUUAAAAUUAGGUUUUAAUUUCACUAUAGAAGAACAACAAAUAUUUUGUAUAUUUUCAAACUCAAUUAUAUGGUAAUCAGUUUGUUAUCUAUGGAAUAGAUAAAUGUUUCUGGAUAAAAUGCUUCAAUUGUUAAAUUGUCAUUCCUUCUUGCUAUAAUGAGUCUCCAGAUUUUUUUUUUGAAGAUGUAUUCAUCUUCUCCCUCCUUCAGAGGGAAUGGAUCUUACAAAUUUCAGAUCUCGUGGGUUUAUUAUCAUUGUCUUCAGCUCUUCAGUACCCCUCUGUGUUAAAAUAAUAAGCUAAGAAACAUAUCAAUAAAUUAAUACUUAUGAAAAA